AUGGAGAGGUCCGGCCACAGGUUUUUGUGGGUGGUGCGAGCCCCUUUCCGUGCCGACCCUGAGAGGCCGUUAAACCCCGGCGCCAACCUAGACCUCGACGCACUCCUGUCGGACGGGUUCUUGGAGAGGACGAACGGCCGGGGCCUCAUCGUCGAGCUGUGGGCGCCACAGGUGGACGUGCUCACUAACAGGGCCACAGGCGCGUUUGUGAUGCAGUGCAGGUGGAACUCGGUGCUGGAGGGGAUCGCGGCGCGCGUGCCUAUGCUUUGCUGGCCGUUGUAUGCGGAGCAGAAGAUGAACAAGUUGUUCGUGGUGGGGGAGGCAGGGAUCGGCGUGGAGGUUUCGCGCGCUGCGCUUGGCCAGUUCUUGUCGGACGCGGACAACCUCUGUCAUGGUAACUCGUUUAAGCUCUAUGGAUUGCAACUGAAUGAAACGUGGCAAUGUCAAUUCUGA